AUGUUUCAUUAUAGAUUGAUGGCUACCGCUGGACUCCGUCAACGAGUGCUGAGGCUACAUUACCUCUCGAGAACGCUAAAAGUCUCGAUCUCGGCAAAUGGUCCACACAGCACAGCAGCAGCACAGGCCGUGGAUGAAGCUUUACAAGACAAAGAAGAGCAGUUCGAACUUGGCCCGCUCUGCGCCAUGGAGAAAUUAAAGAGGAGGAAACCCGUCUGUCUUUUCUUCCCCCUUGUUUCUGGCAACAAGCUCCUGGGACUUCACGCCAUGAAGAGGAGGCACCUGAAGUUGGCCGGGUACAAGGUCGUGGAGCUGCAUCAUCAGGAGUGGUUUCCCCUGCUGAGGAAGAGUCGGACGGAGAAGCUAGCUUACCUGCACUGCAAGGUUUUCGAUCAAUAA